CAUCCCCAGCUCACGAGAUAUAACCCAAGAGCUAGCUAGUUGCAUAGAAGAGAGAAAGCCCUUGUACUUCCUCUGCGUUCUUCCUUGGCUCUUAAACAAAGUCAAUCAUAUUCCAUUGCACUUACCAUGGCUGCAAUGACCAACGAGCAGUGGGCGUUUGCAUUUGGCAUCUUAGGCAACAUCAUCUCAACCCUGGUAUUCCUGGCUCCAGUUCCAACAUUUUAUCGAAUUUACAAGAAAAAAUCGACAGAAUGCUUCCAGUCAUUGCCUUACCAAGUUGCAUUAUUCAGCUGCAUGCUUUGGCUCUACUACUCUUUGCUCAAGGGGAUAUCCAGUGCCUUUCUUCUGGUCACCAUAAACUCUUUCGGAUGUGUAGUUGAAACCAUUUACCUCACCAUGUUCUUUUCUUAUGCCUCAAGAAAAAGUAGGAUCUCCGCAAUGAAUCUCUUUGCUUUCAUGAACGUGGGUCUAUUCUCUUUAAUUCUUAUCCUCACACACUUUGCCAUCAGAUCAGCUCCAGCAAGGAUCUCUGUUCUUGGCUGGAUUUGUGUUAGCAUUUCUGUCAGCGUCUUCGCUGCACCUUUGAGCAUUGUGGUACGAGUUAUAAGAACAAAGAGUGUAGAGUUCAUGCCCUUCAACUUAUCAUUCUUCCUCACAUUAAGUGCGAUUUUUUGGUUUGCUUAUGGAAUGCUCAAGAAGGACUUAUGUGUUGCGCUUCCGAAUGUUGGAGGAUUCAUCUUGGGGACGCUCCAGAUGCUUCUCUACGCAAUGUAUAGAAACAACAAAGGGGUCAUAGAUGAGAAGAAGAUUCCGGAAAACACGAAGAACGUCACCAUGGUGACUACAAUUGUCCCGGACGAAGCUUUUGUAGUGGAUAUACAUGUCGAGGAAGAUGCAAACGAGAAGGAAAAAAAAGAGGAAACAGUAGAGAAAAAGGACGAAAGCAAGGAAGCUUCUGGUGACCAGAAUGAAUGCCAAGUUUGAUGUUCACAUGUAUGAUGUUGCCCAUUAAUCAAGAAUUUACCCUUUAUUGUUAUGGCCCCCUAUUUUUAUCUCUUUCCAACUUUCCCUCUUCUCCAUGCAACCAUAUUCUGGCUUUCAGCACCGAAUAAGUGAUCCACACAACCACAACCUUCUUGCUUUUGUCCUUAUUUAUACAGAGAGAAAUUAUCUGGGGGCCGCUAAAUAUAAAUGACAUUUAUUUUGUUUUGGCCCCUGUUAGCCCUAUCAAUACUUGACAUAUUGUACUAUUAUUUGGUGUUAUAAGAAUUAAUGACUUGCCCCAGC